GCCAAAGUAGGCGGACGAGUAGUCUCUCCUGUUUGCACUUUGCCAGGCUGACUCUGAAGUUUGUGUUCCUGAGACCAGGAGGAAUUUGGCCUGAAGUGGACCGAGCGGACCCCCUCAAAAACGACAUCAUCAUCACAUCAUCAUCAACAUGCUGAUCCUCCUCGCCGGCAUCUUCGCCCUGCACAUCAUCUGCAUCGUCCUCCUGCUGGUGGCCACCAUCGACAACGGUUGGUGGGUGUCCGACACCUUGUCCACUGAUGUGUGGGCCCGCUGGGUGUACACCAAUGGAGUGUGGAACUACACCGACCUCCCAACAGGCUCGCACUACCCAGAGGACUACCUCCAGGCGGUGCAAGCCACCUCCGUGCUGGCCUGCAUCUUCUCCAUCCUGGGCAUCUUCGUGUUUGCCGCGCAGCUUUUCACCUUGAAAAAGGGAGAGCGCUUCACCAUCUCCGGCGUUUUCCAAGCCCUGGCCUGCCUCUGCAUCAUGAUCGCCGCCUCCAUCUACACCGACCAAUUCCACCUGGACGAGAGCGUGGGUUCCUACGGCCACUGCUACAUCCUGGCGUGGAUCUCCUUCGCCCUCACCUUCAUCUCCACCAUCAUUUACUUUGUGCUACGCAAGAAGACGGCGUGAUCGCCACGCCGGAGCUAAACUCCGUUUGACUGGAUCUCUUCUUUUAGGCACACAAAAAAUGAUUUUGGUAACUGAGCGAUUGCAGACUGUAACAUUCUUAAAAGACAGCGCCGAUCAAUUGAUGGAAUAUUCUUUCUUUUUUUUUCUUUUCUUUUCGGAACAUAAGGCGCACCAGCAGGCACAAGGCAUUGAUACGGCGUUGAUUAUGCGUACGUGUCCUCUAAAACGGACUAUGAAACAACGGGGAAAAAUAGUUGUGUUUGUACAUUGAGACAACGUUGAUGUCUGAUGUUGGAUCCACGUUGUUGGUUGUUGGAAAAUGAUCACAAUUCAAUGGUCAAAAUGCAUCAAACGUCAAAUCAACAUUGUCAAAAAGCAUGUUGUUUCAACGUUGUAUUUGUGUUGUAGGAUACCGGUUAGAAAAUUACCAAAUUUCAAUGGUCAAAUCAACGUCAAACCUGACAUUGAUUAAAUGUCGUCAAAAAAGAUGUUUUUUCAACGUUGUAUUUGUACCGUGGAAUAUUAAUUGGGAAAUUAUGUCAAAAACGUCGUCAAAAAGCAUGUUGUUUCAACGUUGUAUUUGAGUUGUAGAAAUAUUGGUAAAUUUCAAUGUCGAAUCAACGUCAGAACCCCACGUUGAUUAAACAUCGUCAAAAAGCAUGUUGUUUCAAUGUUAGGUUUGUGUCGUAGAAUAUUGGUCGGGGAAAUGACCAAAAUUCAACAUCAGGAUCAAACGUCGUCAAAAAGCAUGUUGUUUCAAUGUUAGGUUUGUGUCGUUGAUUAUUGGUCGGGAAAUGACCAAAAUUCAUCGUCAGGAUCUGACAUUGAAUAAACGUCGUCAAAAAGCAUGUUGUUUCAAUGUUAGGUUUGUGUCAUAGAAUAUUGGUCGGUAAAUGACCAAAAUUCAAUGGUCAAAUCAACGUCACAACCUGAUAUUGAUCAAACGUCGUCAAAAAGCAUGUUGUUUCAACGUUGUGUUUGUGUCAUUGAUUAUUGGUCAGGGAAUGACCAAAAUUCAACGUCAGGAUCCGACAUUGAAUAAACGUUGUCAAAAAGCAUGUUGUUUCAAUGUUAGGUUUGUGUCGUAAAAUAUUGGUCGGGAAAUGACCAAGUUUCAAUGGUCAAGUCAACGUCACAACCUGACAUUGAUUAAACGUCGUCAAAAAGCAUGUUGUUUCAACGUUGUGUUUGUGUCGUUGAUUGUUGGUCGGGAAAUGACCAAAAUUCAACGUAAGGAUCCGACAUUGAAUAAACGUCCUCAAAAAGUAUGUUGUUUCAAUGUUAGGUUUGUGUCGUAGAAUAUUGGUCGGGAAAUUACCAAAUUUCAAUGGUCAAGUCAACGUCACAACCUGACAUUGAUUAAACGUCGUCAAAAAGCAUGUUGUUUCAACGUUGUGUUUGUGUCAUUGAUUAUUGGUCGGGGAAUGACCAAAAUUCCACGUAAGGAUCAGACAUUGAAUAAACGUCGUCAAAAAGCAUGUUGUUUCAACGUUGUGUUUGUGUCAUUGAUUAUUGGUCGGGGAAUGACCAAAAUUCCACGUAAGGAUCCGACAUUGAAUAAACGUCGUCAAAAAGUCUGUUGUUUCAAUGUUAGGUUUGUGUCGUUGAUUAUUGGUCGGGGAAAUGACCAAAAUUCAACGUCAGAAUCCGACAUUGAAUAAACGUCGUCAAAAAGCAUGUUUUUUCAACGUUGUGUUUGUGUCAUUGAUUAUUGGUCGGGAAAUGACCAAAAUUCAACGUCAGAAUCCGACAUUGAAUAAACGUCGUCAAAAAGCAUGUUUUUUCAACGUUGUGUUUGUAUCGUUGAUUAUUGGUCGGGGAAUGACCAAAAUUCAACGUCAGGAUCCGACAUUGAAUAAACGUCGUCAAAAAGCAUGUUGUUUCAAUGUUAGGUUUGUGCCGUAGAAUAUUGGUCGGGAAAUGACUAAAUUUCAAUGGUCAAAUCAACGUCACAACCUGACAUUGAUUAAACGUCGCCAAAAAGCAUGUUGUUUCAAUGUUGUAUUUGUACCGGGGAAUAUUGGUCGGGGAAUGACCAAAAUUCAACGUCAGGAUCCGACAUUGAAUAAACGUCGUCAAAAAGCAUGUUGUUUCAAUGUUAGGUUCGUAUUGUGGAACAUUGGUCGGGAAAUGACCAAAAUUCAAUGUUAAAUCAACGUCACAACCUGACAUUGAUUAAACGUCGUCAAAAAGCAUGUUGUUUCAACGUUGUGUUUGUGUUGUAGAAUAUUGGUUAGAAAAUGACCAAAAUUCAAUGGUCAAAUCAAGGUCACAACCCGACAUUGAAUAAACGUCAUCACAAAGAAUGUUGUUUCAACGUUAUGUUUGAGUUGCUAACGUCAGGGCCUAAUUCAACAAGUUGUCAACGUUGUUUCAAUGUCUUGUGCCUGCUGGGUCAUAAGGCGCGCUGUCGAUUUCUGAGAAAAUGAAAGGAUUUUAGUGCGCCUUGUAGUCCGAAAAAUAGGGUUAAAAAUGCCUUAAAAAAAGCUUAAACACGCAUUACGAUGCUAUGAGAAUGAUUAUUAAUAACAAUAUUAGUCGUACCAGCACGGGCUGAACAAGUCACAUCUGUGUACGUACGUUUAAAUAUGGAUGUAUCUGGAUAAAAAGGGGGUGAGUCUAUUAUUUUUCAAUUGUUUUUGUCGUCAUUUUGUUGUAGGUUUAUCCACUUAAAUGCUUCUUUCUUCCCCCCCCCCCGGUCUUACUUUGGAUGGUGCAGGACAACUGGUGGUGCAGUCCCCACCUUGUGUAGCAGUACUAACACGCCACAUACUAAACUUCAGAAUCUGGUUCCAAAUAUUUGAGAUGCAGCCGUGCGAGUAUAUAAGGAGAGUUGACAUAUUUUAAUGUAACUAUAACAAUCCAGUAUGUGACAAAAAGCUGCCUUCACAUAUUGUAUGUAAAUAUGUUCCCAGUUAUGCUUUGUAUAUCUAAUGCUGUUUUGUCCUCGUGGACGACAUGGACCAUGAUUUGUACCACAAUAAAUCUAGACUUUCA